UAACAAUGGACCAACUAUUAUAAAUAAGGCCUUCAACCCAUUUACUAUCUUCAUAAUAUAUCAACUCUCCCAACUAACACAAGAUCCAAUUUGAUCGAGUAAGUGAGUGAGAAUGGGAAAAUGGGGAAGUUCUAUGUUAAUCAAACUUAGUUUAAUGCUAAGUUUAUCUGUUGUAGCUCUUGCUAACAAUGGUGAUUUUCAUUUGUUCUACUUUGUGCAACAGUGGUUAGGAUCGUACUGCGACCAACACGGGGAAAGAUGUUGUUUCCCAGAUUCAGGAAAACCAGCAGCAGAGUUUUCAAUUUAUGGGCUUUGGCCUUACUACAAUGACGGCAGUUUUCCCUACAAUUGUGGUGGCGGCAACUUUAAUGAAGCUCUGCUUAAACCUAUGCAAGACAACCUAAGGAAGGAGUGGCCAUCAUUUACAUGCCCACAAAUCGGUAGAAAGUUUUGGGUUCAUGAAUGGAACAAACACGGUACAUGCUCGAAAUCAGUCCUAGGUGAAGUCGCCUACUUCAAAGCGGCUUUGGCCCUUAAGAACAGGGUGAAUAUCCUCCAAGCCCUUACAAGAGCCGGGAUUCGACCAAACAACCAGAUGUACCCUCUCAAGGCCGUGAAGAAGGCGAUUGCUCGGGCAACAGGAUUUCAUCCUUGGGUUGUUUGUAACAGCAAUUCUCAAGGGGUUAGCCAGAUUUGGCAAGUUUCAAUGUGUGUUGAUAGAACUGGCACUAGACUUAUCAACUGCCCCUUCGUUCCUAAGGGGCAGGGUGAUUGUGGGUCUCAAAUUAAGUUUCCUUCUUACUAAUUACAGACAGGCCUAGCUAAUGAAUGUGGUUUGUGCAAGAAAAUUUCAUGUAGCGUGCCAUUUUUAGUGCUCGCUUAUGCUAUAUACUUAUGCUAUAGGCUUGUAGCUUCUUUUGACUAAGAGACUAUCUAAAAGUGCCUAUUACGUAUUGACCUGUUCCCUAUUGUACUAUCGGUCGCGAUUUAAUGGAAAAUUGACCAUAUAAAAUAUCUUAUGACUUCGAUA